AAUUCAAAACGAUCGUGUUUCUGAAAGGUAUUCCUCGCAUUUUCCACUUUCCAUAUGGUAAUGCGGUAAUACCCUCUCCGAUCCAGAUACCCAUGCAUUUAGCAUACCCACUCCCAUACCCACACACCUUAUCUAAGUAGGAAGCUUGAGCGACCAGGGGCACGUGGUCAGAACCUGGUCGAAAAGCGAAAAGCCCCACAAACACAGUGUGACUUGGCCUAGGUUUUAUUUUCCCCCAGCGAAAGAGUCGCCCAGCGAAAGAGUCGGCAACAGAGAUAUAGAAAGGGACAGAGCGAGGGGCACAGAGCACAGAAGCGAUGAAUUCGCUGUAUUCCCGCUUUAUCAGCGGGUGAUUCACUGUGUCGUCAUCGAAAAGCGAAUUGUACGACUCUGUCUCUGGGGUUUUUUCGCUGUAUUUUUCUUGGCGCCCAGCUUUUUGUGUUUAUAUCGCGAGCGUUCGCUAAUCGCGCCAUUUAGUUGGCUUUCAACUGCAAGUGCAGGCGGUUUGCUAAGGGUUCCCGUAUAAAAUACAAUAAACAACAAACCAUCAACAACAGAAAAUUACCAAAACAAAGCAAAGUUUUUGUUUUCCGAAACCUGCAAUUAAUUCGAACGCGUUUAUGUCUGCAGCGGUGCGAUGCAUUUCUUUCUCGAAGAUUUCUUGCAAGUACAUCUACUUAAGAUUUAUGACAAAAUGCAGCGUUGCAACCAGAACAGCAGCAGCAGCAACAUCAACACGACCAGCAACACCAGCGGCAGCAGCAACAGCAACAAACGCUGCCCUCCGAAGUACGCCGGCAACAACCUAGCAGCAACUAACGGCAUGAUGGCCUACCAGCAACAUGCAACAGCCACGGCAGCAACAUUGCAGCACGGCAGCAACAAGACUCGCAAGAGUCGCUACAACAGCAACGGCAACAAGCAGCAACAGCAGUUUGGGAAUAUUCAGAAGCGGAAUGGCAUCGGAAUCGCUGGCCUCGCCGGAAGUGAGUCCUCGUCCUCCCCCUCGAAGACCACCUGGUUGGAGAGAGGCUACGGACAUCGGCUGGCCAAUUCUUCAUGCAUCGAAGACAAAUUCCUGGGCCAGCACAAUCCGGGGCAUCGGAAUAGCACCAGCAGCGAGGCGACCAGCGAGGACAUCGACUCCAGCAGGGAGCACCUGAACAAGCCCAAGGGCAGUUCGAGCGGAGGAGGCGGAAGCAGUUGCAACAACCAUGUGGCCGGCGGCAACAAGAGCCGCUCGAAGCGCCAGGCGAAGUCGUGUGGCCAGCAGAUCCGCCAGAAUCCCGACCAGAAGCCAGCGGGAGCCACUGCCUCCAAGGCCAAGCAGGCCAACGGCAAGUGGCGCCAGCAGCAGCCCAAUCCCAAUGGCAAUGCCAAUCCCAACCAGCAGCAGCAGCAACAGCAACAGCAGAAGCGCAGCAACAAGAAAGUGCAGGGAAAGUGCAGCAGCAUCGCCGGAAAUGCCGGCAGCAACGGCGCCAAGCACGCCGGCAGCCAUCCCCGCAAGAUGGCCACCUGCGACAGCAGCUCCUCUUCGGCCCUCAGCUCGCCCACCAGUUCGCCCGGCAGCUCCCCGCAGGCCAACGGCAGCCGGAAGCGGAUCGAGCGCUCCCUGAUGCCGGGAGCCGCUUUGGAGUGGCGGCGGGAGCGGGAACGCGGCCGCCAGAACGCCAACUUCCUGGUGCCCCCGCUCCGGCAGUACGAGCAGCUGGACCUGGACGACCGGAGCCUGGUGCAGCAGCUGCGGCGCCACGUCAUCGACCACCACCUGCUGCGCGUCUACGGCUUCCCCGUGGAGUCCGUCGUCCACGAGGGCGCCAUCGAGAUCUUCAAGUGCCUGCCGCACAUGAGCUUCGCCGCCGCCCUGGCGGAAACGGUGAUCAACUGCCACGACGGGCUGAGCAGCCAGCAGGCGGAGGAGGUGGCCACCUCCAGUGACUCGGGCAACAGCUCGCCCCGCUCCCUGGACUCGGAGUCCUCCGGCGAGUGGAGCGGCAGCGAGUGCGAGUCCUCCAACUCCUCCUCGUCCUCCGCCGAUGGCGAACUGGGUCUCGAGCUCAAGUACUGCCAGUACGUCCAGGUGGAGCGGAGCCUGGCCAAGCCGUGCGCCCGCUGCAAGCGGCACUUCCUGGUGGACGAGCUGACCGGCGAGUACCUGAGCCGCGAGGAGUGCCACUACCACUCGGGCAAGUACCAGCGCUACUACGACGGCGUCUGCCACGGCCGCUGGACGUGCUGCAACGAGGGCGAGGAGAGCUCGCCGGGAUGCUGCCAGGGCGACCGGCACGUGUGGACCGGCUCGGUGGUGGGCGUCAAUGGGCCGUACUAUGAUUUUGUGCGCACCCAGCACAGGGAUCAGUCGGAAGAGCAAUCCCCCGCCGUCUACGCCCUCGACUGCGAGAUGAGCUACACGGGCCGCGGUCUGGACGUGACCAAGGUCUCGCUGGUGGCCCUCAACGGGCAGCUGGUGUACGAGCACUUCGUGCGGCCCGAGUGCGACAUCGUGGACUACAACACCCGGUACUCGGGCAUCUCGGAGCGGGACCUGCGCUCCGGCGCCAAGAGCCUGGCCGAGGUGCAGCGGGAUCUGCUCCAGCUGAUCGCCGCCGACACGAUCCUCGUCGGCCACGGGCUGGACAACGACCUGCGGGCCCUGCGGCUGGUGCACAACACCCUGAUCGACACCUCUAUCAGCUUCCCGCACUGCAGCGGCUUCCCCUACCGCCGGGCCCUGCGCCACCUGACCAAGGUCCACCUGAAGCGGGAGAUCCAGAGCGGCGACGGGACCACGGGACACAGCAGCUUCGAGGACGCGAGGGCCUGCAUGGAGCUGAUGCUCUGGCGGAUCGGCCGGGAACAGGAUCCCACAUGGAGCUGGGACGAUUGAGGAGGGGGAUCUAUCGG